AUGGCCAUUGUAGGAUUGGGAGGCCUAGGUAAAACAACUUUGGCUCGCUCAGUUACCAAGCAACUGAAAGAAGGUGAAAUGAAAAGGUACUUUGAUGCAACAUUAUGGGUGUAUGUAUCAAAUGCUUUUGAUGUCAAUUCAAUUUUAUGUCGAAUGCUGGAAUCAUAUGACUGCGCGACUGGAGCAAAUCUUUCAAGUCGGGAAGCAUUGAUUGGAAGCCUCCAGCAGAAGUUGAAAGAGAAAAGGUAUUUUCUUGUACUUGAUGACGUUUGGAAUGAGGAUGCUAAUAAUUGGGAUGAUUUGAAGCGUUGUCUAUUGCAACUAAAUUCUGCUAAAGGAAGCUUUGUGAUUGUCACCACCCGUAGUGCCAAGGUUGCAUCAAUCAUGGAAACACUUUCUAGGUGCGAUCUAGGGACUCUAUCGGAUGAUGAAUGUUGGUCCAUAUUAAAGGAUAGAGUAUUUGCAGAUCUUAAUGCUCCGAUACCUUCAGAACUAGAGGAAAUUGGAAGGUUAAUUGCCAAAAAGUGUGCUGGUCUUCCAUUGGCGGCAAAGGUUUUGGGAAGCUUGAUGCGUUCUAAGAACGGUAGCAAUGAAUGGUUGUCAAUUCUGCAAAGUAAAAUAUGGCAGGUAUCAUCAGACAAAGAGGAUAGCAAGAUCAUGUCAGUUCUGGGGUUGAGUUUUGACAAUUUGGAAUCACCAUUGAAACAAUGUUUUGCAUAUUGCUCCAUGCUCGAGAGAGGUUCCUCAAUUGAAAGAGAUAACUUGAUCCAACUAUGGAUGGCUCAAGGUUUUCUCCAUCCUUCUCACGGUCACCAAACCAAGCAAGAGAUUGAAAUGGAGGAUAUAGGCAAUAAGUAUUUUGAGACUCUACUAGAGAACUCCUUGUUUCAAGAUGCUACAGAGGAUGAGGAUGACUAUGGUGUUAUAAUCACCCAAUGCAAGAUGCAUGAUCUUGUGCAUGAUCUUGCAAACGAAGUAUCCCAGUGUGAGAGCUGGACAUCAGACUUCAAUCAUGAGAUGGAUGAUAAUGAGAUUCGACAUGUUGCACGGGUUCCUACUGCAAUACUAGAAAAGAUGCCAAAAUCAAGUAUAUCAAGAUUGCGCUCAUUCUUUUUAAAUAUCAGGGAGGUCUCUAAUACCAUUUUUCCAAAAUUUAGAGCUUUACGUGUCUUAAGUUUUUGUGAGACUGAGAAUCAAGAGUUGCCAUAUUCACUUAGCAAGCUGAAGCACUUGAGAUAUUUAGAUCUUUUUGGUACAAAAAUCAAAGCACUCCCAGAGUUUAUUGGUAAGCUCUAUAACCUCCAAACAUUGAGAUUACCUUGGAAUCUUAAAAAGUGUCCAAAGGUGAUUCAAAAUUUGAUCAACUUGAGGCAUUUUUACUUUGGUGAGGAAAUGAAAUUUGAGGCUGGGAUUUUGGGGCGAUUAACUAAUCUCCGAACAUUGCCUUUCUUUAAUGUGGGUGAGGAGAGAGGUAAUGCAAUUAAGGAGUUGGGUGGGUUGAACCAAUUGAGAGGCCACUUAAUUAUUAUUGGGCUAGAACAUGUAAGGGAUGGAGAAGAAGCAAUGAAGGCUCGCUUGGUGCACAAGAGUCACUUAAGUCGGUUAACAUUUGUAUGGACAGACAAUGAGGUACCUAAUGAAAACCAGACAGAUGUACUAGAUGGCUUGGAACCUCAUGGUAACUUGCUAAGCUUGACUAUUGGAAAUUUCAUGGGUGCGAGAUUUCCUUCAUGGAUAUCAGCUGAAGGAGAGGUCGUGGUAUUUCCUUGCCUCGAACAGUUGAGGAUAGAUGGUUGUGACAGCCUAGAGUCGAUUAGGAUCACACAGGGCAUCGCAUCUCUCGGUCAAUUGAAGAUCAGCUAUUGUGAGGCAUUAUCAAGCCAAGAGGUUGGGCUCGAUUACUGCACCUCUCUUCAGGAGUUGGAUAUAGAUAAUUGCCGUAAUCUGGUUUCAAUUCCAACCGCACAGGGCAUGCCGUCUCUCCGGAAAUUGAAUCUCGUAGCGUGUGAGGGAUUGUCAAGCCUAGGAAGUGGGCUCAACUACUGCACCUCUCUUCUGGAAUUGGAGAUUAAGAUUUGUGAUAAUCUAACAUCAAUUCCAAUCACACAGGGCAUCACAUCUCUCCGGAGGUUGACGAUUCUUUGUUGUGAGAGAUUAUUAAGCCUACCGAGUGGGCUCCAAUUCUGCACCUCUCUUAAGUAUCUGUAUAUAAGGGAUUGCUCUAGUCUAGUAUCCAUUUCAGCAUCAUAUGUGAAGUGCGAUCACCCGGACUCAACGAAUCAACCGGAGGAAAUUUCUCAAGGUGUUGAUGCGUAUUUGUCUUUACAGCUGGAGGAUUGCCAUACUGUAGAAUCUAUUCCACCUAAUCUUCGUCACUUGUUGAUAUGUCAUUGUGGGAAAUUAAAAUAUGUACCCACAGGAUUUCACCUCCUCACUCGUUUGAAGGAGCUGACAAUUGGUCCGUUCUGGCAUAAGCUAGAUGCCUUCCCUGAUUUUCAGCUUCCAACUAAUUCACAACUUGAAGAAUUAUGGUUGUUUGGGUGGCCUAAGCUCAAGUCUCUGCCCCAACAAAUUCAGCACUUUACUUGUUUAAAAGAACUCUAG